UUUCUUUUGGCUAUUCCUCUUAUUCUUUUCAAAAUUUUGAUUUACAUUCAAGAGAAUUAUAAAAUUUCAAUUAACAGAAACCAAAAAAUUUGAGCUUACUGAAAGGAUGGUCCAAUUUAUAGGCACCGUUCGUGUAUCUCCUUCUCUGGCCAUUUUUGCUCUCCGCGGACGCCAAUUCUCUUUUCAGAGCUCUUUACUUUCACUUUCAAGAAAUGGGCUCUCUCUAUUUUCACUUUCCAAAAAUGGGUUCUCUCCGUUUAAGAGGAUUUUGCGAGCUUGCUUUAUUUCUAAUGCAAGUGGAAAUGCUGAUGCACAGUACCAAUCUGAAAUCAUAUUCAUGGGGACAGGAACUAGUGAAGGGAUUCCACGUCUCAGCUGCCUAACUAAUCCUCUAAAGAAAUGUCCGGUGUGCUCAAAGGCUGUGGAACCAGGUAAUAAGAACAGAAGAUUGAACACGAGCCUCCUUAUUCGUUAUUCUGGGCCUGGUGAAAGACGCAACAUUCUAAUAGAUGCUGGCAAGUUCUUCUACCACAGUGCUCUUCAAUGGUUUCCUGCAUUUGGGCUAAGAACAAUUGAUGCGGUUAUUAUUACUCAUUCUCAUGCUGAUGCAAUUGGAGGUCUGGAUGAUCUUCGAGAUUGGACAAACAAUGUGCAGCCCUACAUUCCAAUCUAUGUUGCGGAGCGUGAUUUUGAGGUGAUGAAGAAGACUCAUUAUUAUUUGGUAGAUACAAGUGUCCUUACACCUGGUGCUGCUGUCUCAGAGUUACAAUUUAACAUCAUACAUGAGGAGCCAUUUGUAGCAUGUGAUCUGAAGUUUACGCCUUUACCAGUGUGGCAUGGUCUCGGUUAUCGUUCCCUUGGCUUUCGCUUUGGUAACAUAUGUUACAUCAGUGAUGUUAGUGACAUACCUGAACAAACUUAUCUACUACUCAAGGACUGUGAAAUUCUAAUUUUGGAUGCAUUGAGGCCUGAUCGAUCUUCUUCAACACAUUUUGGACUUCCAAGGGCCUUAGAUGAAGUGCGGAAAAUUCAACCAAAAAGAACACUUUUCACAGGCAUGAUGCACCUGAUGGAUCAUGAAAAGGUUAAUGUGUAUCUGUCGAAAUUGUUGGAGACAGAAGGGCUUGAUGUACAACUAAGCUAUGACGGAUUGCGUAUACCAGUAACACUUUAACUUCUGUCUUAAUUCUACUUCCAUCCCAUUCUUUUUCUUAAUAAUUACAUACAGCAUGGUGUAUGUUGGUUCCUCAUGAGCUCCUGCAAAUCAGUCUCAUUUUCGGAAUCGAUAAUUUCCCCUUAAUGCUUUAAAUCUUCUAGUGUAAUUUGCCUUCAGCAUCAAUGCUGCCGUACAUCUUGCAGCAGGCUAGAACCAUAGACGAGUUUUUUUAGUUGAUUAUUUGAAAUUAUUGUGGAGACCAAAUGGUUCAUUUCUCAUCUUAUCAAUGUUAAAUCUAGAAAUAGCCCACUUGCUUGUGACUCUUCGGGACCUACUUAGAACUUUCAGAAAUGUCUGGACGGUGCUCAACACUAUGUUCUUUUAUUUGUGCACAAAUGAUACAUGUAUCAGCGUCCUAGAGUCGUCUUUAGCAUUAUGAGAUUGUAUCUUUAAAAAAAAGAACGGCCUUGAUUCA